GGCUUACAUCUCAACUUGUUUCGGAUAAUUAGUAAACAAAGAUAACCGUGGCGGUAUUUUGAAAUAGUUUGAAAAACUUGUUAUUUUCAACUGUCAAGACAUUGUAUAAAAUCCAGUUGGGUAAUAGGUUCUUAAUCAUGAAUAUUAUGAAACGAGUUGAAGAAGAAAUGGGCCGUUUUCCGGAAGGUUCGAAAAACCACAACUUUUUCAAGCAAUUAUUAAAGAAUCUUGAACCAAAUUUUCUAAGAGAAUCAGUAAGGAAAGAAUUAAAUGAGAGUCAUGCUAAUUUAAGUGGAUCCAUUCAACAAUACUUUAAGUAUUACAUUAUAUACACAUCUGCUCUAAAGGCUGUUGAUUCUUAUCAGUCACAGCAAAAUGAGUGUACUCGUGAUAAUAUGGAGUUGUUUUAUUUGAACAUUUUAAAGAAAUAUGUGAAUAAUGAUACAUCUUGUGAAAAAUUAAAGUUCUUUGAAGAGUGCCAACCACUUCUUACAAAGAUGCUUGAAAGUAAACAAAAGUCAACAUCAGUGAAAUUGUUCUCAAAAUCAGUUGAAGACAACAUCAAUGAAUUUUGCAGACAAUUUUUGGAGUAUGUUUUACAAAUGAAAGUCCAAUUACGUGACUGGGAAAAGCACUUUGAUUCAGCAUUAAAGCAGUUAUCACCAAGAGUAGCUAUUUUGGAUUCUGAAACCAUCAAAUUAAAUGCAAUUACACCAGAGCUACAAGCAUUACUUUCAACAUACUAUCAGGAAUUAACCGAAGCUGUCGAAAUUCUUAAUGAAUUAUUAGAGUUAUAUCAUCAAAAGCUUGACAGUCAGUUAAGGCAAUCAAAAUUAGCCCUUGAUCAAAGUAAACAUCUAAAAAUGAAAUCAGAAUGCUUAGAAUUGGAACUACUGGUUUCAACUUAUUCUAAAAGUGCUGUUGAUGCUUUAAAUCUCAUCAAGCUCGAAUUGGACGAUAAAAUAGAGAAGACCGAUAAAAAUAUAAAUGAGUUAAAUGAGAAGCUGGAAGGUAUUCAAAUUUUGGGCCCUGAGUACGAGCAACUAGUAGAAAAAUAUCAAUUACUUACUGAGAACAUUGAAAAGCAGAAAUGGGCUAUUAAAUAUUUAAAUGCUGACAUUGCAUCAAAAAAGAAAUGAAUUAACCUUUUUUCAAAAAUUAUUUAAACCUUCUAUGUGUUUAUGUUCUAUUAUUCAUUUCCUUAUUCUGUUUUUACUAAUUUACUUUUUUUCUUGUAAAUUGUAAAUAAAAUAUAUCU